AUGUUGAAAGGUGAUCUGUUUGCUUCUACCGUUCUGCUCGAUCCGUCCAAAAGGGGCCAAGACAUUAACAACUCCGCCGGUCUUGAUCCAACUCUCGACUAUACUCUAUUGAACUCCCAGCAGUCUUCUGAAUAUAAUCAAACCAGAAUCUCUUCCCAACAGGGCAUAUCUCGAUCUUCUAGUGUCAGCCCCAAUGCAUCAAACCAGAAUACCACCGAAAGAAAGACUGUCUUAGGAUCUUCCCAAUACGCCAAGGACGAAUCCGAGGACGAGUUCGACGGCGAAAUGACGAGCAGUAGACCCUCCUUGAGCCGGAUAAGGGAAUCUCGAUCCAAAUCCAGUUUGCCGUUGCUGAAGGAUGAGGAGCGUGGUCGGCGGAUAAGCAGUCCAGCUUUUGCUGUGGAUGGAGAGGACGGUCGACCUCGAUAUGAACCUAGGAACUCAACACUCAGAAGUAGGACCCCAGAGUAUGACAGCAAACAUGCAACUCAAAGGAAAUAUUAUAUCGCUUCAUUUUUUCUCGUCCUGAGUUUGAUAAGUUUCGUUGUACAAACCGAGACUGCCGUAUAUAUUCAACAUGAUUUGGGGUGGGAGAAGCCGUACUGCAUGCUUUAUUUUACCCAUGGGUCUUGGGUUUUUCUUUGGCCAGUGCAGCUGCUGUUGCUUCGGCUCCAGAAGCGCAAUCUGUCGUGGGGAGCAUUUUGGCGGCGGCAUACUUACAUUCUCCGGACCACGGCACAAAUGGUGGAAUCUCGUAAUCUACACCUCACCACUCGGGACCUCCGUCAGUCACCAAUACCUUACAUACUCCGCACCACCGCUGUCGUUACCACUUCCCUGACCGUUGCUGGCGGUUCAUGGUAUGUUGCUGUCAAGCUAACGACAGCCAGCGACCUAACUGCGAUUUAUAACUGUUCAGCCUUCUUUGCCUAUGCCUUUUCGAUACCCUUGCUGAAUGACAAGUUGCGAUUUGACAAAGUGUUCUCUGUUGCUGUUGCCAUCGUCGGCGUUCUUAUUGUUGCCUAUGGUCCGUCCGGUACUUCCAAAGGAGCUGCAGGCAAGGAUGCCAAGGAGGCAUCGAGUCGAGCGCUUGGGAAUGUUAUAAUUGGGAUUGGAAGCGUACUUUACGGUUUAUAUGAAGUCCUGUAUAAAAGACUUGCUUGUCCUCCUGAAGGCACAAGCGCCGGCCGUGGUGUGAUCUUCGCAAAUACCUUUGCAAGUCUAAUCGGAGCGUUUACGUUACUCGUUCUUUGGAUACCAUUACCACUUUUGCAUAUCCUUGAAAUUGAAACGUUUGAGUGGCCCCGGGGUGAAGCAGCACGUCUGCUACUGAUAUCCGUCAUCUCCAAUGCUACUUUCUCUGGAUCUUUCCUCGUCCUUAUUUCUCUCACAUCGCCCGUUUUAUCCUCAGUCGCUGCCCUUCUCACAAUUUUCCUGGUCGCCCUCAUCGACUGGAAGCUUACCAACAAACCUCUCACCUCCGCCUCGAUAUAUGGGGGUAUUCUCAUCAUUCUAGCCUUCUUCCUGCUCAGUUGGAGUACAUACUGCGAACUAGAUGAAGAAAGGAAGAAAAGAGAAGCCGACAACGGACCUGAUUCCGAAAGCGAUGAAUGA